AUGUCUUGGACACAUCUCGUGGAGGAGGAGAGUCAACCCAAGAUCAACUGCAGCUCGACCAUGACCUGCAAGCUUCGCCAUCUCCUAGACGUCAACAAGUCUUAUGAUGUCGAUUUUCCCAAGGAUUGUUUCGUUGCAUGUGCUGGAGCUUCUCAUGGAUGGUUGGUCCUGGUGAACCACCUCUCCAAUCUACUUCUCUUCAACCCCAUCACCUCGGACAUGGUCCCGUUACCGCCGAUCAACGAUUUCUCGUUUGUGGAGGCUGUAUAUGAUGAACAAGGAAACAUAGAAGGUUAUCGCCUUUUAAACUAUAGAUUCUAUGAUGCAAGAUAUCUGGCAACAUGGUUCUACCAGAAGGCAGUGUUGUCCUGUGCUCCAUCCAAAGAUGGUGACUGCAUUGCCAUGAUCAUCCAUUAUGAUAGCAAUUGGCUCUCUUUUGCGAGGGCAGGAAAGACCAAGUGGCAAGUGGCCUCAACUUUAUCUAUAAAGGAACAUGAUCGAUAUGCAGACUGUGCAUACCACAAUGGGAGGUUCUACAGCGUGACAUACCUUGGAAUAGUAGAGAAAUAUCAUCUUGAUGGACCGAACGGCCCGACAAAGGAGGCGAUUAUCGCACAUAGAACAUUUUCAUGUGUUCUUACCAGGCACUUGGUGUCUACACCAUGGGGUGAUCUCUUGCAGGUCCAGGCCAUUUCUGCAAACCGUGUGGAUCGUGUUAGGUUUCUAAUUGGCAAGGUUCAUCCCGAAGGAUGCAAGAAGAUAUCACCCCACGACUUGAUGGACCAUGCGAUAUUUGUUGGACUGAAUCACUCGGCGUGCUUACCCUCAAAGAAAUUCCCUGGGUUAAGACCUCAAUGUAUCUAUUUCUCAGCUCCCUGGAUGACAGAAACAUUUGAUUUAGUUGGCCGUUGUCAUGGAUGGGGAAUUGUAAGGUCACAUGACAUGGAAACAAGGAUCUUUGAGAAUGCUUUUCCCGUUGAAGGGAUCCCUAAAGGUUGGAGGAGAUACAUAUGA